CGUGGUUGUGGUGCGCUGAAUUCUACUACCAGAUCUACCAUUGCCGCAACAAGUACGGCCGAAACAAGACUUGGUCCUUCGGGUAUGCGGAGCAGAGCAACAGGAGCAGGAGAUCAUGAUGUUGGAGCGGGAACAGGUGGCCUCAUCCAGACAGGCACAGCGCUAUUGGAAGAUCUACAAAAUAACACGCUAACAUGGCUGAAGCCAGUUUUCUUGGACAAAAUUGUGAAUAGUUCAAGCCUAUUUUCAGGCUUGCCUUCAUCUUCUUCUCAGGAGCUAGGUGCCAUGAUCAGUCACCGCGGUGCCAACAAUGCGCUUCCCGAUAGACACGCCGCUUUCCUCGCCGAGAGACAACCGACAUUGCAAGCUUUGAGAAAUGUUAACAGCAACGGUGGAUUUGAUGACAUAGAGGUGACGUCCGGUGGGGAAGACCUUGAUCACAAGAGCCGAAAUGCAGACGCAAGAACAGGCACGGAUUCGCAUACUAGUAGGGGAAGAGGAUCUUCUUCUUCUUCCACUACAACUACUUUCCCUUUCGGAAGUGCCAUACAUCAGCCUGCUCAUCCUCCAGCACUGCGACGACGGCUCGCAAGCAUGCGGCGGGGCUGUGUCGUUCGCAAAUGCAAUGACUUUGCCUCACAGGUCGAACAGAUGUUGCAUCCGGACGACAAUGACUCGAUGAAAAUCGGAGGUAUUGGCGGAUGCAUGGCGCAAUCACCUUCUUCUGGUGCCUCGUCCUCUUUCCGACAGCAAAAACUGAGUGGGAGUACCCCUCAACGCAGUACCCCGCCUCAACAUAUUAUGCAUGGUUACGAGUACCGUUAACCCAUCCUUUUUACACCAUAUUUUUUUAGCUAAGUCAAACAAUAGUUCCAGGAUGUAGAUUCCUUAAGCUACAAGGUCGUGAUGUUCCAUUUCUUCAUCUUGAAACAUCAAGCUAAAAGUAGAUGUUCAUGUUCUAAGAUAUGCGCUGUCGGCUGCCGCCUCUUCAUAAUAGAUAAGAGAUAAAUAAUGUUCUAAGAUAUGAGAUGUUCUACGGUAUGAGAUGACACCUCAUCUAAUCAAAGUAGUAUGCCACCUCUUCAACCAUGGACGAAUCCUCGAGCGGAGGAUGUUCAGGCGGCUGUUUCUACAGCAACUAUUAAAGCGACAGUUUGGCGAGCAGUGGGAGCACAGAUGAAUGAAGAUCAUCUUCAUCUUCAGGCAGAACAAGAUUAUCUUGUUGACGCUCAUAAUGGAGGACUACUAGCAGCAUCUCAACCACACGCAGGUCCAACAACGUUGCAUGCUCCAGUGCAACAAGAUGAACUGCAAGAUGGAGAAAGAAAUCAGGUAUUUGCGCAAGAUCAUGCUCAUGGACAAAGUGGCGAUCAACAAAUAGCUCGAAACUCUUCAUCGUCGACGGGUCCUCCUGCCUUCUACUGGCCAGGCUCACAUGCAGAGCAUAUCCAACAGGAAUUCGCAAUGCUGCGGCAACUAGUAGACCAAAGUCUAUCUACUACAACUAGGACUUCGAACCGGGUAGGCCGAGCCCGAUCUGCAGAAAGAAAUAAUUAUGAAGCUGAAGAGCAAGUAGAGGGUGCCGCAUUCAGCGCGGCCCUAGUUGUUCUACAACAAAGUGGAGCAACUAGUUCUACUGGGCCUGGGGAGCGCAGUACUAAGAAGAUAAUCGACGUGUAUACCUCCGUUCGGGAUUUUCGAGAGUACUUGCGUUUUGAACAAGGCUUUACCCAACUUGGAGCAUACUGAUACUAAGGUUUAGGGCUUUACCUUUACCCAACUUGGAGGAGAAUAGGGGAUUCUGCUGUACUUCUUACAAUAACCCAAGUUGUAAAACUAGCUUCAAAUAAUACCUUUUAUGAAUGUCUGUCAUGAUUCUGACCUUCAUGUUUUUGUUUUUGCUAGGUAGGUCUAGGAAUGCUAUUGAUGACCAAAAGUCAAGGCUGAAUAGAUCAUGAUGCUCUUGAUGAUCAUUGUGAUACACUGGCCUUCACAAGCUUCGCCCGGCUUCAAGUUUAGCUUUAGCACUUCGCCGCCCACCGGCUACAGGAAACUUUUUGACUUUGCAAUGUGUUAGCACUAUUUAUCUACCUAGAGUAACUAUCGUUUCUCGUAGUCAGUUGGCACUUCCCCCAAAGAGACCUUAUGAGCAGAAGCGGAUACCUCUUACGUUGAAAGUUAAAAGUAAAUAGGUAAACGUAAACUGAGAGGUCUCAUCCGUAAUUAACUGGUCUGAGAUUUUCCCAAGAAUGAUCUUAGGAUGGCGAUCAUCUCUUCGCACAAAUCAUCCUGCGUCAUCUGAUUCUUUUUUAUGAGCUGUCCCAUUUUCCUUCACCUUGUGAACAUUUCUCUUUCUUCAAUCAUGGCGAGACUUGUGAUGUUGUAGUUGUUGGCUGUCUAGAGUAGAUCCCAUUACAUCAAGUAGAGCAUGCUAAAUUAUUAUCGCUUCUCGUAUUUUACAGGAGAAUGACCGACAGCACCGCGCUGCCGCUAAUCACUCGUAACACUUCUGACCACAACCGAGACAGCUCAAACUCGCGAGGUAUUCGUCAGACUCAGACGCGUGCCAGGGUUUAAACCUCCGCAAAGGCUACAACACUAGUCAACCAACAGAUAAACGACAACAUAUUCGAAAUGAAACGUGUCGCGGGUGGCAACAGGAACAGU